AUGUGCCCGACGGCUGUGCCGAGCCGCGUCUCGCCGGUUGCUGCUGCUGCCGCCGCCGAUAUCGCGGGUUCCUCAGAAUCGACAGUCAGCCUCGUGGCAGAUGUGGACAAGAAAAACUCGCAAUACAAGCAGAUCUUUCUGGAGCGCUUUCGCAAGAAGCUUCAGUCGGACAAGACGGGCAUGAACAACUUGGAGAGUUUUGUGGAGCUGCCCGAGGGUGUCGCGCCGUCGGCGGCGUCGAUUGGUCCUAUCAAGCGGGGAAGUGAGCCACUCCCGCCGUGGAUAAAGCUAAAGGUGCCAAAGGGCAUGACGCACCGUCCGCGAUUCAACCGCAUCCGCCGCAGCAUGCGCGAGAAGAAUCUGUCGACCGUGUGCGAGGAGGCCAAAUGCCCCAAUAUUGGUGAGUGCUGGGGCGGCAGCGACGAGGAGGGCACGGCGACGGCCACCAUCAUGGUGAUGGGCUCGCACUGCACCCGCGGGUGCCGGUUUUGCUCGGUGCUGACAAGCCGCCGCCCGCCUCCGUUGGACCCGGAGGAGCCAGAGAAGGUCGCGGCCGCGGUGCACGAGAUGGGCGUGGACUACAUCGUAAUGACGAUGGUUGACCGUGACGACUUGCCAGACGGCGGUGCCUCGCAUGUGUGCUGCUGCAUCCAUACCAUUAAGAAGAAGAAUCCGGAGCUGAUGCUGGAGGCUCUCGUCGGCGACUUCCACGGUGAUCUGAAGCUGGUGGAGCAGUUGGCGGUUACCCCGCUGAGUGUGUACGCGCACAACAUCGAGUGCGUGGAGCGCAUUACGCCGCGCGUGCGUGACCGGCGAGCCUCGUACAGGCAGUCGCUGCAAACGCUCGAGCACGUUACGAAGUGGACCAAUGGCAACAUGCUCACAAAGAGCAGUAUCAUGCUGGGCCUCGGCGAGGAAGAAGCGGAAGUGCGGCAGACGCUGCGCGAUCUGCGCACGGCUGGUGUGUCGGCGGUGACCCUUGGCCAGUACCUGCAACCCUCACACACCCGUCUGAAGGUGUCCCGCUACGCCCACCCGAAAGAGUUCGAGAUGUGGGAGAAGGAAGCGAUGGACAUGGGGUUCCUCUACUGUGCCUCGGGCCCGAUGGUGCGCAGCUCCUACAGGGCUGGCGAGUACUACAUCAAGAACAUUCUGAAGCAACGUCAGAGCGCCGAGGGUGGAAAGGCUGCGGCGGCCGCCACCGCUGUCAACGCAGGUACUGCGAUUGCGUGA